GAACAAUCACGAGCGCCUCCGUCCUCCGUCAGUCUCGAUUCGAUCUUUUGCAAAAAGGCCUUGUAGAUUAGGUGUGUAAUUUUCACUACAGCUUGAAAAAUAAAGUGAUAAUCCAUCCGACUAUUUCUACACCUCGAUUUGUUAUCCGGUUCACAAACAGUGGUUCAACGGAAUACCGCUUUUGUCUAGGCUAGCAAAAGUUCCAGUUCUGAUUCUAAAGGUUGGGUAAUUGCCAUGGCGGACCAGCAGAAAAACUCCGUAGCGUGUGAGUCCGCUUCUGAGGCAACGGAACAUCACGAGAUACUAAAAAAUGGCGAGUCGCUGGCACCGGCUGAUAGCAGUAAAGGAGCUGCUAAGGGCAAAAAGAAAAAGAAGAAUAAAAACCACAACGAAUCGACCGCUAGUGUGGAAGACAGUACUGGAGAUAAUGGGAGUGCCGUUUUUUCUACGGCUAGUGGCAGCGAAGCUGUUGCUGGGUUGGCUGGUUCCGGUCAGAUCAGCAGUCAGGAUGUGCUGAUGAAUGUGAUUGAGCAGCUAAAACUGAGUUCUCUCAAGCCGGCGAAAACUCCGGAGGAAGCCUUCAACAAGAGCUUUAAGUUCUGGUCCACCCAGCCGGUACCAAAAAUGGAUGAGAAAAUUGUCGUAAAUGAACCGAUUGAGGCGGACAAGCCAAUCAGUGAGAUCCGAGCCGAUCCGUACACGCUUCCGGAUGGGUUUACCUGGGACACCAUGAAUCUGAAUGAUCCACUGCAGCUGAAGGAAUUGUACACUUUGCUGAACGAAAAUUAUGUUGAGGAUGACGAUGCGAUGUUUCGGUUCGACUAUCAGCCGAAUUUUUUACAGUGGGCCUUGCAGCCACCCGGUUGGCGUGCGGAAUGGCACUGUGGCGUUCGAGUGGUAAAAUCUGGUCGUUUGGUGGGUUUUAUUUCCGCUAUUCCUGGUACCCUCAAUGUACAUAAGAAAACGCAAAAAAUGGUUGAGAUUAAUUUCCUGUGCGUGCAUAAAAAAUUGCGCUCGAAACGGCUGGCUCCGGUACUGAUUCGAGAGAUUACCAGAAGGGUUAACUUGACCGGGAUCUUCCAGGCGGUUUAUACGGCCGGUGUUGUUUUGCCGAAGCCGGUGGCUUCUUGCCGCUACUGGCACCGUUCGUUGAACCCGAAGAAACUUGUCGAGGUAAAAUUUUCGCAUAUCUCCCGCAAUAUGACUAUGCAGCGAACGAUAAAACUGUACAAACUGCCAGAUCAUCCAAAAACACCGGGUUUCCGUAAGAUGCGCGAGGGCGACCUCAAAGCUACUCACCGUUUGCUAGCGCAGUAUCUUACCGGAUUCAGUUUAACUCCCGUGUUCGACGAGGAUGAGUUCCGACAUUGGUUUUCCCCGCAGGAUGGUAUAAUCGACUGUUUCAUCGUAGAGGAUCCGGCCAGUGGAGAAAUUACUGAUAUGGUUAGCUACUAUACGCUACCUUCCACGGUCAUGCAUCAUGCCGUGCACAAGUGUGUCAAGGCGGCCUACAGUUUCUACAACGUUUCGACCAAGACUCCUCUGCUAGACCUGAUCAACGAUGCGCUCAUUUCGGCUCGCAACCUCAACUUCGAUGUGUUCAACGCGCUCGAUCUGAUGGAGAACCGCGAUUUCCUGGUGCCGCUCAAGUUUGGCAUCGGCGAUGGCAAUUUGCAGUACUAUCUGUACAACUGGCGCUGCCCGAGUAUGCAUCCGGAUGAUGUUGGCUUGAUUUUGUUGUAGAUUGGUGACGGCUGGUGAUAGGACUUUGUCGAUUACGGACCAAAGCCGAAGGUGCGGUACAGUACAGGACGGUCGGGCUUUUCUUCGCUGUGUAUUCAUUUAUUUCGGAUGUUUUCUAUUUUUUUGUUCCGUUUUUUAAAAAUCUGAACACUUGCAAAGUUGAACUCAGAAUUCUUCGGACAAAUUGUAUAGUAAUGAAUCCUAUAUAUAUUUAUGUUGCAUAUAGUAUGCAUAAUGUUAUAUGUUGAAGGAUUAGGGAAUUUUCUCUGAAUAACAUACAUUAAAAUGUAGCUUAUAUUGUGUCUA